GUGGUAUUCACACAAAUGGAGCGUCGCCUGAUGGUACUUCGUGAGUACUGAAUAACCGCUCGUUUCCCAGUGGAAUGUGACAGCGGACUCGAGUCUUCGUCUGUUCACCUUUUUUUCUCACUCAGUCCUCACAUUCCACGCUUCGUUUUCCUUGAGAGAGAGAGAGAGAGAGAGAGAGAGAGAGAGAGAGAGAGAAUUCCGAUCAAAAUCGCCAAAAUGCGUCCCGGUGAAUUCGUUCCCGUCGUCUUCCUCGCCCUCGCGAUCUACUCACCUCUUCAGGUCUUCGCGAUCGAACCUUUUUCAGCCGCACUCGAAGCCCUCCAGAAUGAAAUCAACUAUACUUUCGAUAGUAUUGUCCUUCUCCGUCGCGCAGUGACUCACGCAUCAUUCUCGGAAGAGAACAAUAAAGCUCUGAGUAUUUUGGGAGCGAGCGUGAUUGAGGCCUCCAUUGCGCUCAAAUCACUCGCCAAGGAUAUUGAUAUCUCUCCGAAAGAUCUGAACCGUAAGAUAUCGGAGGUUUGCAACAUGGAGUCAUCCUGUGCCAAAGAGGGAUCACAAUUAGGGUUGCAGAAGGUGGUAAGGGUUUCUCCGAAGACCGAUUCGUCCAGUCCGGCAGUGGUUUGCGGGGCUUUUCGGGCUGUGAUCGGAGCAAUUGCUGUCGACACAGGGAAUUUCGAUGACGCCGGGAGAGUUUUCGUGGCUGUUCUUGAUGGGAAAAGUGCAAGCAGAAGAGCCAGUUCUAGGUAAGCUGUUUGAAUUAAUCUCUGUUAUAUAUGCUAAUAUUGCUGCCACAUUGUUAGGGUUUUAAGUUAGUGGCCGUUGCCUGUGUUGGUGAACUGGUGUUGAUGUUUUUCAGUUCAGAACGCUAGCUUUAAGUAGUGCCUUAUGAUUCUAUCGUUCCCUUCAUGGUUAACAUUAGAAUGGGAGGCGGUAGUCGUGUGUGAAUCGUAUGGUGUUGUUUUGGGAACCUUGCUACUUAUUUGAUUAAAGAUCUUAUAUAUGUACUGGUCACAUUGUUAUGGUUUAA